AUGGAGCCUGAAGCCAGAAAAGGGGAAAGGCCGACCUACAGAAAGCCAUAUCAGGCUUACAUUGAACAAAUACCUCUAUCCCAGGGUUUCAAGGUGCCAAACUUCACCUUGUUCAAUGGAAAAGAUCCCCAUGCUUCAUUAGUUGAGCAUAUAGGCAGGUUCUCUGUCCUGUGCAUAGCCACAAAGAAUAACCCUCUGUUAAAGCUAAGGCUUUUUGGGAAUUCUCUCUCUGGACAAGUCUUCACCUGGUACACCAGUCUACCAGCUAAUUUUGUUCAAACCUGGGAGCAAAUGGAAAAUGUUUUCCAUGACUACUAUUUCAGGAUCCAGCCAGAAGUUACCAUCAGUCAUCUUGCUGCCCUCAAACAGAAUGAAGAUGAGCCUGCUCAAGACUUUAUAACCAGAUUCAGAAAGCUCAAGAUGAAAUGUCGGAUCCCUAUGGAAGAAAGGCUUGAUGGGAUGCUGUUUGGGGACCUGGCAGAAAUGGUAGACAAUGCAUCUAAAUAUGAGGAGCUGCUCAGGGAAGAACAACAUAAGAGGAACUCUUCCAAAGGCACAGACUACAAUUCCUCUUCUUCUUCGGUCCAUCUGGUUGAGGUAGAAUCAGAAGAAGACACAGAAGGCUCGGAGGAAUGA